CGCUGACCCCGCCGAGCCGGCGCGCCCACAACGCGACCAUUCGACUCGACGCGAUUGGCAUCGUCCUCGGACCGUGGACUUCCAUCCACCCUGCGGUCGGGGUGUUUCGCCGACAGUCUUCGCGCUUGUCCGCCAAAUCCCUCUCUUCCAUUUACCUGCAGUCCCUCCACCCCGUUUGUCUGCCAUCCCUCGAUCUCCAAGAAAUUCGGCGACGGCUCAAGCCGGUGGACCGAUGGUUUUCGCUGCUUGGGACUUCCCGAUGCGACCAAGCGAUUUCCAUCCUUCGUCGGACUCAUGGGUAUCCGGUGCGGUGAAGGCGAUGGCGCCAUCCCGUCGAUGGGGCGGUCCGGUCGCGUCGCCAAGCGCCCGCUACCUCUGCGCGGUAUAUUCGUCUCUGCAGGCUCGCGAUGGGGGUCCGACGACGAGGGGCAUCGGUGUUCUCCGCUGGGAGCGGGCACAGCUCGGGGCGACGCCAUCGUAGGGAUUGUUGAGGACACGCAUCCGGGACGGCUGGAUUAAGCCCGAGCGGGGAAACCUGUUACGCGAUUGAAG